AUGCUACCUCGUAACUGUUCCUUGUAUUAACGUUAACACAGUUCUUAUGGCUAUCUUAUCUGUCCUCUAAACAUAUUGUGGUUUUGAAUUGAACAAACAUGGCUGCAGUAUGGAUUCCAAUAUUAGGCUUGGUGUUCUGUGUCGUCGGUUCCUUCGGUUGUGAUGAUUUGGACUCGGCUGCCUGUUCAAGACUGGCGACCACCCGGCCCAAUAUGUGUAACGAUACUUGUUUUGCUUCCAUUUGCAAAAGAUACUGUGGAAAAUGUCCAUUAAAAUGCUACACGUGCCACGAUAUUGCCAAUCCACAAAAUUGCAAUAUAUCGGCGGAAUGUCCUUCAAAUGAUCAUAAAUGUAUCUCCGUUAAAUCGUAUACUGAUGAUUUUCGACUUGUUUACAAAUUGGGAUGUGCUCCGUCAACGAUUUGCAGUGGAGCAAACUGUUGCAGUACUGAUUUAUGUAACAACCACUCGAGCAAAAAACGAAGCUCGAAAAAAAGGAACCCAAAGACACAAGAUAUGUCGCCAUUUAGCAGACGACAGACUCUGUCCGCCGCUUGUGCUGACGUCGACAAUCUUGCGUGCACGCUUCUGUUUACGUCAAAUACUGACAUCUGUCAGGAUGAUUGCAUCGCCAACGUUAUUUGUCCUCGACUGUGUGGAAAAUGCACUGAAUGUUAUGACUGUGAUCACGUUUUAACAACAGAAAGAUGUAAUCACUCUAGAAUAUGCAAAGCAGGAGAGGUUUGUUUCACUGUAGAAACCUUGAACUUUGAUCUCGAACAUGGAUACAGGAUGGGAUGUGUUCAUCAAAGUAUUUGCGAUAGCAUUUCCACUCAAGUUGGUCAUGUUUUUGGACGACGAGCUGAUCCUAUUGAGAUUUCAAUGACCGGGGGAUGUUGUCAUGGCGACCUGUGCAACCAUCACAAGUUAACCCCCGUUGCCAUGUCAACAAAUCCACCAAUGACAACAGUGCCUACCAUUCCAACAACCACAGCAAAAACUUGCACAUUGAUUUCUGGAUGCCCCGUCUAUUCGUCAGCGAGGUACAAUGGUCAGUGUUACUUUUUAGGAAGUUCCAUGAUGACAUGGCUUGACGCUAAGGCAUUUUGUGAAUCACAUUGCAGUCAUUUAGCUGUAUUUCGGGACCAGAAUGACAUGCGCCAUGCUAUGGAUGCUGUCAGUCAUGAUGACGUCAUUUCGAGUUUACCAAUCGUUCACCGGCACGAUUUACCAGAUUUGUACGUUGAUGCGGUAAACCCCGCCCAUUCUGACCAGUUCAUGUGGUCAACUACCUUAGAGUUUGUACCUAGCUCGUUGUUUGACAAUCCUCUUUCCAAUCACCUGUACAACUGUGCCUUUGUCCACAACAGGAAACAGUUGGAGGGUACCAGUUGUGCCGCACGGUUAUAUCCCUUGUGCCAAUCCACAAUACAAUAAAUCGACGAUUUGAAAAAAUA